AUGUGCCAGAACAACGCCAUGGACAUCAAAUCCUCCCCAGUCACCACCGCCAACAACAACAAGAAGCUGACCUACAGCGUCAAGAAGUUGCUGCAGAGAAUCUUCAAACAACAACAGAGCCUGAAGCACUCACAGAAAGUCAACUCUGUCGAGUCGCUGGAGUCCUUGGAGAACAGCCGCAAUGCUGAUCUAGAGUCGCUGGAGUCCUUGGAGAACAGCCGCAACGCUGAUCUUGAAUGCGCCUCCCUGGAAUCCUAUGAGAACGAGGCCAACGAACGCCUUUCGGCCAGCUGCGACAUGGAAGACUACGACUUCGAGCAAUUGCCCACAGUGCCCGUUCAUUAUGUGCGCACAGCCCAUGGCACCUUCUUCUGGACCGCCGCCUCCGACCUGCCCGCCGACAACGAUCUUCUCGAGCCCUUGUACUGCAGCACAGCCAACGAAAUUGCCGUCGCUCAGUUCCAGGAUCGUUGGGUGCAAGCCUAA